AUGUGCCUAUUAACGAAAAACGUCCAUUGGAUCAUUUAUAUUAUGUUCUUGUACGGGAAGAUUAUCAGUGGCGAUUCGUUGACUCUCAACUCAGUGUUCAAGGAUCUGUGCAGUCGAUCUCUAUCGAAUCUCAUCUUCCAAAUCUGCAGCGGCGACAUUACAAUCAACGACCUCCCGGACGCAGCUCUGUCGCGGCCGAGGUCGCGUCGUGGCGCCCUGUUCUAUGCUUCGGAUAGGCUGAAGCGACAGGUGGCUGAUGAGUGCUGUCUUCGUCCAUGUACGGUGGCACAGCUUAUCCAAUACUGCCCAGAAGAUUGGUGA